GGGAGCAGCGCCCAAACAAUAACAAAAGCUACAGUGUAGUGUAGCUGUUACACACACAUUUCAUAACACGCUACGGGUAAUUGGCAAUUACUUCUGAUUCUGUGGGAAGAAUCAAGAAAUGGCACCCAAACACAAUCACAAUGGAGACAAUGAGAACAUGGAAGUUGAUGGGGAGGAGAUUGGCGACACAGAGACAUCAGAAGCUGUGAAUCCUCCUGUCGUUUUCAAUCCUGCAGAUUAUGGCCCCAUUGAAAUUCCUGAUGCUGUUCAGUCUGUCGCAACGUAUGAACCAAAUGGACCACGGUUGAUGAUCACGCAGAUUGUCAAUGAAAAUUUUAAGUCUUAUGCUGGCAUUCAGAAGCUGGGACCUUUCAACAAGAACUUCACUGCCAUCAUUGGUCCCAAUGGCAGCGGCAAGUCGAAUGUGAUCGACUCCAUGUUGUUUGUGUUCGGUUACCGUGCCAACAAGAUCCGCUCCAAGAAGAUCAGCGUGUUGAUCCACAACAGCGAGAAACAUCAGGAGGUCAACAGCUGCUCUGUGGCCGUACAUUUCCAGAAAAUUGUGGACACUGGGCCGGGCGACGAGGAGUUCACGGUGGUCCCAGACUCGCAGUUUGUGGUGUCCCGCGUGGCCCACAGAGACAACAGCUCCAGCUACUACGUGGAUGGGAAGAAGGCCGCGUACAAAGAGGUGGCCACCCUGCUCCGAGGCUGCGGGAUUGAUCUGGAUCACAACCGGUUCCUUAUCCUUCAGGGAGAGGUGGAGCAGAUCGCCAUGAUGAAGCCAAAGGCACAGACGGAGCACGAGGACGGCAUGCUGGAGUUCCUGGAGGACAUCAUCGGCUCGAACCGCUUCAAGCAGCCGAUCGAGACUCUGAGUCAGCGGGUCGAGACACUCAACGACCUCCGAGCGGAGAAACUCAACAGAGUUAAGGCAGUAGAAAAAGAAAUGGAGAGCUUGGAGGGGCCAAAGAAUGAAGCAGUGGAAUUCCUCACAAUGGAGAAUGAGCUGAUGAAAUUGAGGAACAAGCUGUAUCAGAAAUACAUACUGGAAUGUUCGGAGAAUGAAGCGAAAGCUCAGGCGGAGUUUGAUCGCGUUCAGGAGAGCCACAAAGCCUUUGCGGAGAAACUGGCCGUUGUCAAGGAGGCAAAGACGACCAAGAUGAAAGAGUUCAACAAAGUCAAAAAGGAAUAUGAGAAGCUGGUGAAGGCGAGUGAGGAAAGUCGUGAGAAAUUCUCCGACAUGGAAAGCCAGGAUGCUGCGUGUCAGGAGGAGGUCAAGUUGAACAAGGCCAAGCUAAAGAAACUGGAGAAAUCGCUGGAGGUUGAGACUGCCAAGAUUGAAGAACUGAAGCUGGUGCCGGAGCAGUCGGAGAAAAUGUGUGAGGAACUGAAAAAGAAGCUGGCAAACUUGGAGAAGGCUAAACAGAAGGAAGAGGAGAAUGAGAAAGCCAUCAUGGAUAGUCUGAAGGAUGAAACAAAGGAACUACAAAGUGAGAAGGAUGUGAAAGAGGCUAAGCUUCUGGAGCAACAGGGAGAGCUGAAUGAAAAGAAAUCUAAGCUUCAAGUGGCUGAGUCAGAACUGGAGAUCUACACCAGCAGACAGUCGGCAGAGACCAAGAAACUGGAGACAAUCAGGAAGUCGCUGAAAGACGCAGCCGACGCUCAGGAGAAACGAGCUCAGGACAUCAAGAAAGUGCAGGAAUACAUCCCCCAGCUAGAGCAAGAGGUGGCGAAGGCGAAGACAGAGCUGAAGGAGGUGGUGAAUGCCGAGACUCAAUGUGAACAAAAGCGUAACAGUCUACUGAGCAAAGUUGAGGAGGCAAAGAGCUCGAUGGCCGCAUCGAAGAGUCAGAAUCGGGUGCUGGAAUCUCUCAUGGCUGAGAAGAAAAAAGGAAGCUUGCCGGGAAUAUACGGACGUUUGGGUGACCUUGGAGCCAUCGACAGCCAGUACGACGUGGCCAUCUCCACAGCCUGUGGGAGUCUGGACCACAUCGUCGUAGACACGGUGGACACGGGCAAGCGCUGCAUCGAGUUCCUGAAGAAACACAACAUCGGCCAGGGCAAGUUCAUCCUGCUGGACAAGAUGGAGGUGUGGCGGGAGGAGACCAAGAAGAGGAUCACCACGCCAGAAAACGUCCCCCGCCUGUUUGACUUAGUGCGAGUGAAGGACGAGGUGGUGAAGACUUGUUUCUACUUCGCCCUGAGGAACACUCUGGUCUCCAAGGACAUCGACCAGGCUACCCGCAUCGCUUACGGCAAGACGCGAUACAGGGUUGUCACUCUGAAAGGAGAGCUCAUCGAAGUGUCCGGUGCCAUGAGCGGUGGAGGUAACAGUGUGUGCAGGGGCAAGAUGGGCUCCUCCAUCGUCUCGGACGUCGACCCCAAGCAAGUCACAAACAUGGAGAACACUCUGGAAAAGCUGAACCGCGAGUACGAGUCGCUGAGACUGAAGAAGUUCAAGCUGGAAGACACCAUCGGCCAGAAGGAGAAGGAUCUGGUGCAGCUCAAACACAACCAGGCCAAGCACUCGCAGGAGGUGCACGGGCUCAAGGAGAGGCUGGCUGCGCUGAAGGAGCAGGAAAAAGAGCAGGAGGAGGUUCUCAAAUCGGCCAUCCCCGAUCAGUCCAAGCUGAAAGAAAUUGAAAGCAAUGUGGCUUCCUACCGGAAAGCCUAUGACAAAGUGGCCCAGACAGCCACAAAACUUGAGGAACAGGUCAAGGAGCUUCACAACCAGAUCAUGGACAUUGGCGGGGCCAAACUGAGUGCUGUCCAGUCUCGGCUCAAGUGCAUCAACGGAGACAUCGACAAAGUCACGGGGCAGAUCACGAAGAACAACGUGGGAGUCAAGACAGCUGAGAGAAAUCUGAAGAGAGCAGAAGAGAAGGUGGCGACUGUUGGCGAGGAAAUCACAGAAACGAAACAACAGGUGGAGGUUUUGUGUCAGAAGCUGAAGGACAUGGAGGGAGAGGCUACCAAACUGUUGGAGAUCUACGAAAAAGCUCAGGCGGAUGUGAAAGAGAGAGAAGGAUCUAUGGAGGGAAUGAGAACGGAAGUGGAGAGUUUGGAGGAAGAGGAGACGGAGAUGGCAAAGAAUGGAGUAGAUAUCCAGCACGAGAUUGAAAAAGUGGAAGGCGUUUUGAAAGAAAACAGAAUGAAAAUCAAACAUUGGAAAAAGGAGGUGAGUGGCCUGAAGCUGACAUCGGUGUCGAGAGAGGAUGAAGAAGAGUCCUUGACCCUUCCUGAAUUAUCUGCUGAAGAGUUGGCGUCCCUGGGAAAACAGGAAGUACAGUAUCAGAUCACGGUACAGGAGGAGAGACUGGCAUCUAUGAAGCCCAACAUGGCCGCCAUCGCCGAGUACAGGAAAAAGGAAGAGACGUACCUCCAGCGUGUGGGAGAGCUGGACAACAUCACGGGCGUCAGAGACCAGCAGAGACAGUACCACGAGAGUCUACGCAAACAGAGGCUGGAGGAGUUUAUGGCGGGAUUCCAGGUGAUCACGAACAAGCUGAAGGAGAUGUACCAGAUGAUCACGCUCGGGGGCGAUGCUGAGCUGGAACUGGUCGACUCUCUGGACCCCUUCUCUGAGGGAAUUGUCUUCAGUGUGAGGCCGCCCAAGAAGUCGUGGAAGAAUAUCUCCAACCUGUCAGGAGGGGAGAAGACUCUGUCGUCCCUGGCCCUGGUGUUUGCUCUCCACCACUACAAGCCCACGCCUCUGUACGUCAUGGACGAGAUCGACGCCGCUCUCGACUUCAAGAACGUCUCCAUCGUGGCCAACUACAUCAAGGAGCGUACAAAGAACGCCCAGUUCAUCAUCAUCUCCCUGCGCAACAACAUGUUUGAGCUGGCCGACCGCCUUGUCGGGAUCUACAAGACUCACGACUGCACCAAGUCCGUGACCCUUAACCCCUGGAAGCUCUCUCAGGACUUCUCCAACAAGAUCAGGGAGGUCCACAACAUCGACAUCAACGCUGAUCAGGGAGGGCUAUGAUGAUGAGAUGAUGACAUCUGUUGAUUGUCAAUUCUUUUUUUUUUUUUUUCUUCUUCUUCUCUGUACUGAUCUGGGGUUUACAAUUGAAUGUUGGUUUACUUUGCUUUUUUGUUUGUUUGUUUUUUUGUUGUU